AUGGAUGAGCUCAUGGCACUGCUCAUCGACCUCCCUCCGGAGGCUCGGCUGCGAAAGGUGGGAUAUCCCUCUGAAGCCGACCUCACCGACGCCUCGGCCUAUCCAUCCUGCCUUGUCCCCGAAGCUAUCACGUACGAAUUUAGUACAGCAGCCCACUUCGCAUUUCUCUUCAAGAUUUGCAAGCGCAAGUGUGCUGAGAACCCGAUCUGUAUCUUUUCCCCCGUUCGUGGCCUUCGCGCUCAGACCCACGAACAGAUCUGGGGCCAUACCUUCUCUAUUGAGCUCUGCCGCCUCAUGACGCACCCAGUUUUCGAGAUGGAGGGCACCAACAACCUCACUCUGAUCCUUCAGUAUGCUGUCAUCUGCCGUACUGAUGAUAGACGCCCUUGGAAGAUGCCCCCCAUCCCGGACGUCAAUCCACUCAAGCAACUCCGCGGCUUGAUGCAGUCAUGCUCUGGACCUUUGACCACUCCCAUCUCCGAGGUCUUCGCAAGCCACUGCACCAACGAGAGCCCCCCAUGUGGCAUCAAGACUCGUGACAUGAGCCCUACCGACCCUCUCCUUCAGGGACAGAACGAUGCCAUCAAGGCCUACCUGACAGACCCGAGACACUUGAUCUUCAUGAUGCUGCAGCUCGCCAAGGUUGUUCAAGAGUCUCCAAAGGCAGAGGGUCCUUACGUCACGACAGAGCGCGGCUUCGAUGUGUACAGCGUGACCACGCUCGAUCUUCAGAACAUCCGCAAGGCCAUCGGUGCUAUGGAACGUCAAUACGGUGAAGGAAAUGAGGGAACUGAGGCAGAUGAUGCGAGUCUGAUUCAUCUUCCCAUGGAUCUCAUCUUCUCCCGCUAUGUGAUGCAUGCCCAACUUGAGAAUGUGGCUCCCCGUGACUCAGACGAACUGUCAGAUCUGAUCGUGGAAGGGCUCAUGAAGAGAGAGCGAGAAAUCCUUGACACUACUCUUGGUCGUAACCGACAGUGA